AUGUCCGAACAACACUUUGAUGAGUACGAACACUACAAUUUUGAACAUGAGAAGCAUAUGCCCAGUAGCCAUAGCGGCAAACAAAGAAGCAAGAAAGAAGCCAGCGAACACACCAACCAUUUUGACCCCUCUGGACAUUCUAGAAAAAUCGCCACCAAAUUAAUGAACUCAGAAGCCAAUAAGAAGAAAUCAGCAACAUUUUAUUUUCAGAAAAAAGUAAAAAAGGAGGAGGCAUUUUCAAGGCUAAAUAUUGCGAAAAUUAAUCAAAAUUGGCAUCAGAUACUAAGAAGAGCAAAAUGCCAGGAAAUGAAAGACAACGUUGAGCAUUUAAGGAAAUGGAUAGAAAGAGUGGUGCGGUAUAAAAAUCAAACAAUCUCAAGACUUGUUAAAGAGCUGGACGAAGCCGAAGAUGACUAUCUAAGCAACUAUACGUCGCAUUCAAAUCACAUCAAUAACAUCUUAGAGAAACAGCACAAUUACGUAGAUAAAUUGAAUAACCAAUAUCAGGACGACUUAAAUGAAUUACUGAGAUGCGCCGACAAAGAACAAAGUAAUAUUUUAGAAAAUGCAGAUGAAGAACGAAUGUACUUACAAACAAUUCUGUAUCGGCAAGAAUUAAAUGAGAAGGCUAUGAAAAAGGAGGCAGAUCUCUAUAUGCAAAAGUACUAUGAAGAUAAGCAAGAGCUGCAGUCGAAAAUAGAUAAGAUGCGACAAGCUCGAGAAGAGGUUUGCAGUCUCAUUUGGAAUGACAUCGACGCUACUGUGCAACGAUAUAUCGAACGAACAGAUCCAAGACGAAUGCAUCUUGCUGAGCUCAAGAUCCUUGAUUCCGAAACAGCAAUCGAAGUCAUUCAAAAUAAGGAACGAAUUCAACAAGAAGAGGCAUUAAAAGACCAGUUAAAGAAAGAACUAGAAGAGGUUCAACUUGCACAGGAACAACAAUUAACAACCCUCAACGAAGAACUAGACGUUUUACAAAAACAAUUUAACAACAUUCGUACCGCUCUUCAUCGUGAUUUACAACUCGACGACAAAAAAUUGAAGUUAUUAGUGGAAGCCGCUUCUAGCACCAAAAACUAUUUGGAAAAUCUACUUCGAAAAGGAAACGAUAUAUUGUUUCUUGUGGAGACUUGUAAGAAACUAGAAACUGAACGUGAAAAGUUGUCAAAAUGGUUUUCUAGUACUUCCAAGAAUGCGAAGAACGUGGAAAGUAGUUCUUUUGGACAGUAUUUGGAAGGUGUAGAUAAAAAUUCAGAGAGUAGCUCCGAUUCUGCGAAUAAUCAAUUGGAAUUAGAUCUCAACAAAAAAGAGACCAAAGAACAUGAAAAAGAGUCACCAGAAUCACAUAUAACCACUCUUCAACAUAUAACAGUCCAGGAUAAACCCAAUGAACUGGACACAUAUCCACAGACUUCACCACCAGAAACAGAGCCCUCAUAUUCAGGAUUUAUAGAUCAAUGUCUCAAACAAUUGGAGCCGAUGGAAAAUUUCUGGACUGGUUAUAAUAGAGCCGAAGUAGACUGUGCUGAAAUAAUGCAAGAAAAGAAACAACUCGAAUUAGAAAACAAGCAAAUGCGUGGAAUGAUACGGGCCAUCUUAGAAGCACAGGCAUUAUCAACUUCAAUUCCAAACAGUAAAGUUCCCACCCGUUUUCCUUCUAGAAGAAUCAGUGUUAGUUCGGCACCACUUCGAAGGUUGAUUUUUUAACUCGUGUUAAGUUCUGAACAUGUGUUCUUAGCUUGUUCUAGAUUAUUUUCAUUUUAGCAUUUCUUUAGUUUUGAUAUUUUGUUCACAAACAAUAUUAAAACCAUAAGAAUGUAUAAUACCUCCUCAGUUCUGGUCAUAAUGAAUCUAUCGAUGACUUAAAUUAUAUUUUCUUUUUAAAAUAUCAUUUUGACAGGGUUUCCACUAUUGGAAUAUUACCAGGAUUAACUGAGCAAUAAUAGCCCGUUGUUAAUUUUUGAGAUCUACUCGACAUUGCUAUGAAAUAAACAACUAUUUAUUAUAUUCAUGAUAGC